AUGGAGGGUAAUUCCUUAAGUACCCCUGCAAUACACAAUACAAUUACCGAUACACCUGGUAUUAGUAGCCCGGAUAAUGGUGAUGAAAAUCAAAAUCCAAUUCAGAAGCAAAAAAGAGCAAAGACUUCAGUGGCAUGGUCGGAGUUCAAGGAAGUGGUAUAUGAAAGUGAGAAGACCAAAUUGAAGACUUUGUUGAAGACUGUGACAAAAAUCAGUUUGACUACAAACUUAUGGAAUUCAGGGAAUCAAAAGAUGGAGUAUAUGGUGUUGACCGGGCAUUGGAUAGAUAGUACUUGGAGGCUUAAUAGACGUAUCCUCAACUUUGUUCGUCUACCUCCUCCCCGGACUGGUAUUGCGAUUGCGGAUGACAUUUUCAAGUACGUAAUGGGAUGGGGAAUUGAAAAUAAGGUAUAUACUAUUUCUGUGGAUAAUACUUUAAGUAAUGAUGUUGCGAUUAAGGUUUUGAAGGAAAAUUUUGAAGUUUCUGGGAAACUCCUUUGUGGAGGUAAACUGUUUUAUGUGAGAUGCUGCGCACACAUCUUGAAUCUGAUUGUUCAAGAUGGACUUUAUCAAAUUGGGCACAUCAUUGACAACAUCUAUGAGAGUGUGUUGUAUAUCAACAGUUCAGAAAGCAGACUCAAGUUCAAAAAGGUUUUUCCAAGAGUGAAAGAGAGGGAUAUCAAUUAUCAUAAUAAUCCGAGUGACGAGGAUUGGGAGAAAGUGGAGAAAGUUUGUGAAGUUUUGAAGGUAUUCAGUGGUUCAACCAAACUCAUUUCAGGAAGUGAUUAUCCGACAUCUAAUUUAUUCUUGAACGAGGUGUGUGUAGUGAAAUGUAUGUUGGAUAGUAAAAGUGAAUCUGAAGAUGAUUUUAUUAGAGUAAUGGUUAGGAAAAUGAAGCAUAAGUUUGAUAAAUAUUGGGGGGAAUGUAAUGUGUUGAUGUCUGUGGCUGCUGUAUUGGAUCCUCGGUUGAAAAUGAGGGUUAUUCAGUGGGCAUUCCCUAAGAUGUAUUCUGAGGCAAAAGGUCGGGCAAAUAUGGUGACAGUCUGGGAUGUAUUGUAUGAGUUAUAUGGGGAGUAUGUUCAAGCUAACCAAGGUGUGACUAUCGCCCAUGCUUUUACAUCACAAGGGGAUGGACAUGGAGCCAUUGAUGAGGUGGCUGCGGUUGAGGGAGCCAAGGCCUGGGAUGAUUUUAGCACUUUUUUGGACGUGGUUGAAACUGUUAAGUCUAGUUAG